AUGGCUCUAGCAUUAGAAGACGCUCAAAGAAGCGGUGUUCAGCCUUCUACUAUCGGCACUUCAUCCGCUUUGAAAGAUACUGAUCCUUCAAAACCUUCCCCUGCUUCAAGUAUUGGCAAAACAUUUGGGACUCCCAAGACAAACUGGAACAGUAAUAUCUGGGGCAACAGCUUGGGAGGUGGCUUUGGCGACACAGCAAUUGACAAGAGUCAACGGAGAGUAGACCACAAAGGUCGUGACCCUAACCCUGAGCUUCCAAUCGAAGGCAAAACUGGAUCUGGGUCUCUGUUGUCAACUUCUGAAUCUGACGAUGCACCAUUGUCCGAAAAGGCCAUCAAUUCGCUAAAUCUCCAAUCUUUCUCUCCAAACGGUACCGAUCAAACCCCUGGGUCAAAAGAGCAUUCGCCAUAUGGCCACUUUUCCCAUAGCUCAGUUUCAGUUGUUCCGCAGAGACCCGCUCACUCAGCUCACGCUUCCUUUCAUUCCGAUUCUCAUGAUGCUGGUCCCAGAUAUACCGGUAGUCAAAGUGAUCUAAUUUCUGGCGUGGGCAAACUUCAAGUGCAGGAUGAGGCCUACUACAACUUUAACCCCAACGUUGUAGCUCAGAGACUAUCCUACCACUCAAGCACAUCCUCCGCUCGAACGACAGAGGCCCUGCUUCACAACGUGUUAGCGAUUUCACCCGUAACAUGCAUAAUUUUUACUCCGCUGGAGGGACACCGAUACCUAAUGGCCAGUUCUGUACAUCUUCUGGAAGCCGCCUUACCGGGCAAUUACCAGAUGGGCAAACAGAACUUCCGGAGCGAAAGCUUUGUGGCUUACAACAAGAACAGCAAGAAUACUUAA